AUGUCAGAACAAGAGCGUAUCCAGGAAUGUCUGAGGAAAGAAAUAAGAUCACUUCUUAUUUCCACUAAAGAUGGUUUGACCCCACAUCAGUUGGAAAAGGAGUAUCUUUUGAUGGUUGGCAACCGUCUACCACUCCGAAUCCUUGGCUACCGGUCCACUAUGGAGCUGGUGUUGGACAUGCCUGAUGUGGUUAGUGUCUGCCCCAGUGGGGAUGGUACCGUAAUACUGAAAGCCAUUCCAGACGAAUCCACCAAAGGAAUAGCAAGUUUAGUUGCAAAACAGAGGAGUAGCCAUAAGGUUCAAAACUCCGUGCAGAAGGGAAGGGCCAGUAUUUGCCCUGGGACAAGUUCUCAUCGAGUGCCUUACCGAGGAAGGGUGCCUCCUAUUCUUCCUGCUGUUGUGAAGAGUGAGUUGAAAGACCUCUUGGCAUUGUCUCCUGUUCUUCUUUCUGAUUUUGAGAAGGCGUUUGUCCACCGAUUUGGACGAUCAUUUCAAUAUAUGCAAUAUGGAUUCUUCUCUAUGUUUGAAGUGCUGAAUGCAGCUUCAGAUAUUAUUUCUGUAGAACAGACCAGAGCAGGUUCUUUAUUGAUGCUAAAGAAGAGUGUCUCAGAGGAAAGGCAUAGAAGAUGGCCAGCAGGUAAGAUUUUUGCCCAACCAUUUAGAAUGAAACAACAAGGGUCAUAUUCUACAGGCUGCCCAGUUACAAAGCCGUGUUUUUCACAACCCACUUCAAAUAUGGAACUGCCGAAGCAAUUAGGGAACAUGGAGAAGACUUCCACGUACAGUUCAGGGAAGACUUCAAGGCUGAAUCACACUGAAAAAUUAAACCAGUUAGAGAAGUCAUUUAAGUCAGUUAUUGCACAGAUUGGACCUGGAGGGACUAUUGAUCCAGAACUAAAACAUAAGAUAAAAUGUGUUGUAUCUAAGUUUCCAGAGGGUUUGUUUAUUUCUAAACUGCUUAGAGAGUUUGAGAUAAGUUUUAAAGAGCAACUUUCACCAAGGAACUUGGGCUUCUUAAAUGUGACAGAACUUGUAGGAGCUCUUAGUGAUAUUCUUCGUGUUGAAUUUAGGGAAGGAGAACAAGAUUUACUGGUGUUUGAUGCUGAUAUGAAGCCUAUGCCACCUGUUCAAUCAGAUAAGAAAAUAGAACCCAAAGCAUAUGUCUCCAGUUAUCCAAGAAAUUCAUCUACUGCUGCUGUUGAGACUGCAUGGGAUUGCUCUUCCAAAAAACAUAAAGAUGCAGAACUGAAGAUUUGUAAGGAGCCUAAUCUGGUGGAACCAGAAAAACACAAACCACAGCUCACCUUGUCAGGGGCAAAUGAAGAUAUCCCACUCGAUGCUGCACAAGAAAAAAAAUUACGCAGACUUCCCCCAUUAGAUACCAGUACCCUUGUGGGGGUCUUUGUGGAAUAUAUUAUCUCGCCUAGUCAGUUCUACAUCCGAAUCUAUAGCAGGGAUUCUUCAGAGUUACUUGAAGACAUGAUGAUUGAAAUGCGGCGCUGUUACUCUAAUCAGCUGGUAUCUGAUCGAUACACCAUGCCAGAACAUUUUAUCCAACCAGGUCAUCUCUGUUGUGUAAGGAUUUCUGAGGAUAAGUGGUGGUAUCGGGUUGUUAUCCAUCAAGUCCUGGCGAAAAAUGAAGUUGAAGUGUUUUACCCAGACUUUGGAAAUAUUGGAACUGUCCAGAAGUCCUCUCUGAGGUUCCUGAAGUGCUGCUACACAAAGCUUCCAGCCCAGGCAAUCCCUUGUUCUUUGGCUUGGGUGAGACCAGUAAAGGAACACUGGACAUCCAGAGCUAUUUUACAGUUCCAGAAGUUGUGUGGUUUGAAGCCAUUAGUGGGAGUAGUAGAUGAAUAUAUAGAUGGAAUACUUAACAUUUUUCUGUGUGACACAUCCUCUAAAGAAGACAUUUAUUUCCAUCAUGUCUUGAGAACAGAGGGCCAUGCUAUUGUAUGCCGAGAAAAUGUCCCUUCUAAGGGCUUCAGAGACCUGAAUCCUUUAGCUUUAUACACUAAAUCCAGUGGCGGGCCAGAUGAUGUUGACAUGACUGAACUGAGUUAUCAUUCCCAGCACCACUAUCUUAAUGAAGAUCGAGAGAUAAGUCCACAAUCCAAAGAGAGUGAAUUACAUGCCCAGUCUGUGUCAAAUCAGCCAUUAAAGGAUUCAGAAUUCAAUUCUUUGAAAACUCUGAACUGUGAAGAUGAUCCAAAGUGGUCCAUCACAGAGCCAAAGGAUCUGAAGGAAGAAAAUGAGGAUGAGAUCCCCACUGGCAUGCCAUGCCUGGAAUCAGUGACCAUAGGUGAUGACAUUUGGGAUGAGAACUGGUUGAAAAUGGAAAAGGAAGGUGAUACUAACUCCCAUCUGUUUGCCUCAAGUUUUGGUGGAAAGAAACAGUAUUUACCAUGUGAAGAAAUAGCACAAAAGGAUUGUUGUUUUUCUCCACCAAAAGAUAAAUGGGAUGAUUUAUGGCAGCCUUCAGGCCUUGUGAAUGGAAUUAAAGGAGAAAUUCAGAAGCCAGAAGGGCUGGAUGCUGAAGAAAAAAAUACUGGCACAACCAAGAUUGAAAAGGAAAUAGAUUUGGAAGAUUCUUUGGAUUCUUCCACAUUGCCCAAAUUGGAGAAGUUUUACAUUUCUUUUAUCCAGUCACAACAAUCAGAAGAAGGGAGCCAGUUUGAACCUAACAACAUUUUGACUCAGCCAGAGGAAACCCAACUAUCCCCAGCAGGAUCCAGUUCAACUCCUACAGUGGUUGACUCCCAAGAACAAGAGUCUGCUUCUGUGGCAAGCUCUCCAGAGAACCAAAAGAAUGAAGAUUUGUCCAGUAAUAAUACUAUCCCAACAGUCAAGACCAAGAGUCAAGGAUCUAUGGACCAACUGUCUUUUAUUUUGUCUCCAGAGCACAAGAUUUCUCAGCAGCUCUACAUUCCUCGAAGCACAGCUACUGCUGCCUUAGGGGCCGCUGCGCGGUUGGCUACCUCCAGGAGCUUCCUGCGUUGGUACCCCAAUGUGAAAGGGAUGGAGGCAUGAGGGAAGGCAGAGGAGUUUGAGCCAGAGUAGUAUUUUGGUAGUUAAUACUUUUAUCUGUCUGUAACUAUAUGUAGCUUUAUUAUGCUGUCCAUUUGUUGUGUAAGUGUUGAUG